AUGUCCACUCUCCCUCCAAUAGAUUCUACAGCGCUGCCUGCAGGCAUCAAAUCUCGUUUUAUCGACAAUGUCAAUGGUUUACGUAUGCAUAUUCUCGAAGCUGGUAACGACGACGGUCGUCCUCUACUUCUUCUUCUACACGGUUUCCCAGAAUUAGCUUACUCAUGGCGAAAAAUAAUGAUGCCUCUCGCCGAACAAGGUUACCAUGUUAUAGCACCUGAUCAGCGAGGAUACGGACGUACUACCAGCAGCGAUAACAACAACGACGAUGAUUUUACGUCAUUCAGUAUGCUCAAUUCGUGUCAGGACAUCAUCACACUUCUCUAUCGACUGGGCAAGACGAAAGUAAGAUCAGUCAUGGGACACGACCUCGGUUUAGGUAUUGCAGCAAAUUUGGCAUUGAUAAGACCGGACAUUUUCGAAUCCUUGAUCAUGAUGUCCGCACAAUACUCAGGACCACCUCCUCUAGAUACUCCGUCAAGAACACCAGUUAUCGACGCACUCAAACACUUAGGAAAAAAACAUUAUCAAUGGUACUUUUCGUCCGUGAAACAGGCCGAUUCAGACAUGAUCAACGCUAAACAAGGUCUAAAAGAAUUCUUCCGUGGCUAUCUCUACUUUAAAUCAGCUGAACAUCCAAAGAACAAGAAUAUUUUUGAAUUAAAAGAAUGGAACGCCGAUGAACUGUGUAAACUGCCAGGAUACUAUGUGAUGCAGCUCGAAAGUACAAUGCCAGAGACAGUUCUAUCCAACGUGCCUGACUCUAUCGUACUUCAACGAGAAAUGUCGGCAUGGGUAACCGAAGAUGACCUUCAGAUGUAUAGUGAUGAAUAUCAACGUAGCUCGUUCAGAGGUGGUCUCCAGCAUUACAAGUGUAUGACAAGUGGUUACGACCAAAAUCAAUUGAAAGUUUUCAGCGGAAUGAAAAUUAAAUGUCCUGCUAUGUUUCUUUCUGGAGCAAAUGAUUGGGGUAAUCAGUUGGAACCUGGUUCUAUGAAGAAAAUGGGUACGAAAGAUGUUUGCGAAGAUUGGAGAGGAUGGGAAUUGAUUGAUGGUGCAGGACAUUGGGUACAGGAAGAACAACCGGAGAAAGUGAUUACGGCACUAUUCAAAUUCUUGGACGGAGUUGGAACAAAAAGAUGA